UAGAUGGAGAGCUAAAGAAAGUCUCGCUACUGAUAUCAAUAAAGACGGCGCUAAGACCAGAGAAACUGGAAACAUUCCUGAUCAACAAACGAAACCGAUUCCAGAUAUCCCGGCUAUGGCAACUCAGAGAAAGGUUUCAGAUCGGGUGAACGUGAACAAUAAUAAGACUAGUGGUGUUACUGAACAAGAGAAGAGACAGGAACCGAGCAAAAGUAAGUUAUUGGAUUGGUGUUACGGAUAUUAAACCUUCUUAUCACUAAAGAACUAAAGAACAUUUGACCUCACCGGGUUUUUCUUCUGUCAGCACAUACUACCUCAGAGGAUAUAGACGAGCCUAUUCAUGUAAAUUUCAUGGUAGAGGAUGUAACACAAGAUGAGAAUUCUCUGGAAGAAACCAAAAACGAUGCUGAAGAAAUCCAGAACAUCGAUGCUAAAAUCCGCAAGUGGUCAAGCGGAAAGAGCGGAAACAUCCGGUCUCUGUUGUCCACACUGCAGUAUAUUCUAUGGCCCGGGUGUGGAUGGAAGGCGGUUCCACUUAUGGACUUGAUAGAAGGAAACGCAGUUCGAAAAUCGUACCAGAGAGCAUUACUAAUCCUUCAUCCAGAUAAGCUACAACCGAAGGGUGCUUCUGACAACCAGAAAUACAUGGCUGAAAAAGUUUUCGAGUUAUUACAGGAAGCAUGGGACCAUUUCAACACUCUCGGACCAGUUUAAAGGAAGAUAAAUCUUUUAGUCUUUUAGUUCUUUACUCAAGGGCUAUGCAGUAGAAGUGUACAGUUACGGUUGUGAAUCAAAAGAUGUUGCAGAGUUUUUAAUACACACAGCUUUACACCAAUUCUUGUUUGUUUGUUGAUGAGGCUUUAAAGAGUUGAUGAGGCCCAUCAAUAAGGAUUUUAGUGGUUAGCCGUUAGAAAGAAAAAGGGAAAAAGAAACGGCAUGCGAAGGUGAGGCUAAGGUUGAGAUGGAGUUGUGUUGGGAUGGCUUUCAAACUUUUGUGAAUGACCAUCUUACAGCUUGCUUCAGAUACCAAGAAUGUAAUGCUGAGACUGACCGCACUCAAUUUGCGUUCCAUGUGACUUGUUUGUAUUCAGAAGACAGACUCAACUCAAGAGUGUAUUCAUUAUGAAAUGUAGCAUUUGUAGGUAGUUGUGUUAUUCUUCUAGCUAGCUUUGUCUAACUAGAUAUUUGAUGAUAUGUGUUAGUUUUUGACAAAAAUAUUGAACUGCAAGGAA